AUGGUCAGACGCGUACUGUUCACAGCAGUUGCUGCUUGCGCCGGCAUUGCCCACGCGGCAUGCCCUUUCAUGGAGGAUGAUGCUCGAGACCUGCCCGCCCAUCACCCCCAAGUGCGACGAGAUGGACCAGGUUCAGGCGCUGUAUCCACGGACGAUUUCAUGGCACAAUUUGAGGUCGACGAUACCGAUGUUUACAUGACGACCAAUACGGGAGGACCAAUCGACGAUCUCGAGAGUUUGAGUGCGGGUGAACGAGGCCCUACACUACUCGAAGACUUCACUUUCCGCGAAAAGAUAAUGCACUUCGAUCACGAGAGAGUCCCAGAGCGUGCUGUUCACGCCAGAGGAGCUGGUGCUCACGGUGUAUUCAAGUCUUAUGGCGAUUGGUCGAACAUCACUGGUGCCUCUUUCUUAGCCACUCCGGAUAAGGAAACCCCCGUCUUCAUUCGAUUUUCCACCGUAGCCGGAAGCCGUGGAUCUGCUGACACUGUUCGGGACGUCAAUGGCUUCGCGGUACGGUUCUACACUGAUGAGGGCAACUUUGACAUCGUUGGAAACAACAUCCCUGUGUUUUUCAUUCAGGAUGCUAUCAAGUUCCCUGAUUUGAUUCAUGCUGUAAAGCCAAGGCCGGACAAAGAGAUCCCUCAGGCUGCUACAGCCCACGACGAGGCUUGGGAUUUCUUCAGCCAACAGCCAUCGACCAUGCACACUCUGUUCUGGGCGAUGAGCGGCCACGGUACAUAUCGCUCGUAUAGGCAUAUGGAUGGCUGGGGUGUGCACACCUUCCGCUUCGUCACAGACGAAGGCAAGACUAAGCUCGUGAAGUUUAGAUUCAAGACUCUGCAAGGAAAAGCAGCGCGGCUGUGGGAGGAAUCUCAGGCCACAGCUGGAAAGAACUCUGAUGCUAAUCGCCAAGAUCUGUGGGAUAGCAUUGAGAACGGACUGUACCCUGAGUGGGAGUUUGGCGCACAAAUCAUGGAUGAAGAAGACCAGCUGCGUUUCGGCUUUGAUCUUCUUGAUCCCACCAAGAUAGUUCCUGAGGAUCUGGUUCCCUUUACACCUCUGGGAAAGCUGACUUUGAACCGCAAUCCGCGAAACUACUUUGCAGAGACCGAACAAGUAAUGUACCAAGUCGGACACAUCGUCAGGGGCAUUGACUUCACCGAGGAUCCUUUGCUCCAAGGCCGUAUCUUCUCCUACCUUGACACGCAACUCAAUCGCCACAACGGCCCGAACUUCGAGCAGAUCCCAAUCAACCAGCCCCGUGUUCCAGUUCACAACAACCAACGUGAUGGUGCGGCGCAAAUGUACAUCCCCCUCAACAACGCGCCCUACUCUCCCAACACUAUGAACGCCGGCUCCCCUAAGCAAGCUACCAAAGACCAAGGCCGUGGCUUCUUCAACGCCCCCAACCGCUCCACUGGAGGAAGACUCGUGCGCGCUGUAUCUUCCACCUUUGCAGACGUCUGGUCGCAACCCCGCCUUUUCUACAACUCCCUGAUGCCCGUCGAGCAACAGUUCCUCAUCAACGCCAUGCGUUUCGAGACGUCGCAACUUACCAGCGAUGUCGUCAAGAACAACGUUCUCAUCCAGCUUAACCGCAUCAGCCACGAUGUUGCUGUGCGUGUUGCAGAGGCUAUUGGCAUGACGGCCCCAGACGCGGAUGACAAGUAUUACCAUGACAACACGACAAUCAACGUCAGUGCUGCCAGGGAGCCGUUGCUGAAAAUCGAUGGACUGAAGGUCGGUUUCUUGACGUCCAACGCAGCAAUGAGCGAUGCGGCUGCGAACCUCAAAACCGCCCUCGACGCUGUCAACGUCGGCAUGACCGUCGUAGCCGAGCACCUCGCCGAGGGAGUCGAUGCCACAUACUCGGCGACCUUUGCCGGCUCAUUUGACGCCAUCGUUGUCGACGGUGUUGCCAGUGCUCUUUUCGCUCCCACAGGCAGUCUGGCAAACUCGAACUCGACCCGUUCGCCCUACGGAAACAGCACCGCAAGCAUCAAGUCGACGCUGUUCCCUGCCGGUCGCCCGCUGUCCAUCUUGCAAGACGGAUACCAUUGGGGCAAGCCUGUUGCCGUCAUCGGAUCAGGUAGCCAGGCUUUCACUGCUGCGGGUAUCGAGGCUGGUACGCCUGGUGUGUAUGAGUUCGCAGACUCAGAUACAUCGGCUAUCGUUGAUAAGCUUUCUGAGGGUCUGUACACUUUCAAGUUCUUGGAUAGAUACCCGCUGGAUCAGUAG